AUGAAGAGACUUUUUCAACAGACAGUGGGCUUAGCGAUUGCCUGUUCAACUUUCGCUGCAUCAUUCCACGUUUUCGACAAUACAGCCUACACAAACACGUCAAUUGGCUACGGAACAACGAACAUCAAUUGGAUUCCAGCAUACGUUUGCAACCCUCUCACCGAGGACGGAGUUUUACCAUCAGCCGAUGUAUGGAAAGCCAUUGUCCUCGAAUGGAAUGUCUAUCCAAGUUACCCACUGGUCCUCGACUGCGAGGAUCUCUAUUUCACGUCUACUUCAACCGCAGAUCUUCACUUGGAGAUGAUGUCCACCCUACAAACCUGGGCAGCAGAUGUCAUCCCUUCAGGCCAGAUCAUUGGCUGGUACGGGCUCUCCGGCAACACCAUAUCUAGUCUAUAUGAUCACUAUCGUAGCCUGAUCGCAAAUUACACCAGUCACGCGUUUUUCCCAUCGGCCUACACUUUCAGCGACAGCAUUUCCACCUGGAAUACUUCGCUGACGUCUGUUCUCAAAAUAAUCAACACCAUCGAUGAUUCUUUGCCGGUUUGGCCAUAUACAUGGCCACAGUAUCAUGGAAACUAUUCUUUUAUCCCAUCAAUCCUCUGGGAGAAUGAAUUGAAUUACUUGGCAGCAAAUAGUGGUGUGGAUGGGUUUGUUAUUUGGGGUGGCAAAAACCAUGCCGUAUGCAAUGAUACUUGUCAAAGUACCGCUGGUCAACAGCCUUGGCUAAAUGUGACUCGCACCUAUUUGGAAAAUUUGUAUGGAAUUUACAGCGGUGAUGCAAAAGUUGAAGGGGCUCAAAUUUUUGGUGGGGUUUAA